AACUGCAACCCACAGCUGUAGUAGACGCCCUAAAACAACUCACUCGCUCCUCUUCCUCACGCUACAUUUCUCCCUCUAUCUUUUUCGUCACUCUAAUCUCUGUACAAUUGGAUUCCGAUUAGGUUCUUGCAGUAUUUGGGUUUCAGCACUGAGGCGGUGCCCCUGGGUUUUGGUUUCUAUUUUUUGGUUUUGGUUUUCGCAUGUAUGGGUGGCAAUGGCAAGUUCCGGUGGAAAUCCAUCUUCUCCCAUCGUCGUUCUUCUUCUAGUUUUAGGGUCGAAUCCAAGGAGCCUCCUAACGAGUUCAUUUGCCCAGUUUCUGGAUCCUUAAUGGCCGACCCGGUUGUUGUCUCUUCCGGCCAGACCUUUGAGCGUCUUUCUACGCAGGUUUGCAGGAGUUUGGGGUUCUCCCCUGUGUUAGAGGAUGGCUCGACCCCAGAUUUCUCCACUGUGAUUCCGAAUUUGGCUAUGAAGAAGACGAUUCUCCAUUGGUGUGAGGAGUCCGGUGUCAGGAAUUCUCAGGCGCCUGAUUACGACUCCGUGGAGAAGAUUGUUAGAGCACUGAUGGACAAGGACAAGGACAAGGACAAGGAGAAGCCUCAGGUCGGAAUUAGGGAUUUAUUAGCGGGGGUAUCGGAUUUGCCGCCGGUGAAUUUUUCGCACGCCGUGACGGAGUUGGGCCACCGUCCAGAACGUUACUACACGAGCUCAUCGGAGGAAUCGGUCAUCGUCGGAGGGAGUCCGGGGACUCCGCUGCCGUUCACGACUCGACCUGGGUGUUAUUCCUCUUCGUCUUCUUCCUGUGAAGUUGUGGAAAACGAAGCGCUCAUCCCAACCAUAGGCCCUAAUUCAUCGAUAUCCCAAGACGAGAAGGAAUUGUUAUCGAAGCUCACGAGCCCUGAUGUGUUUAAGCAAGAAGAAGGCGUUAUUUCGCUUAGAAAAAUCACGAAAGAAAAUGAGAAAAUUAGGGUUUCGCUUUGUACGCCUCGGAUUCUCUUAUCUCUCCGCCCUUUGAUUACAUCGAAAUACUCCGCCGUACAAAUCAACGCCCUCGCCUCUCUGGUAAAUCUCUCCCUCGAAAAGCUAAACAAGCAAAAGAUCGCACGGUCAGGGCUGGUUCCGAACUUAAUCGACGCGCUAAAAGGAGGACAUGCCGAAGCGCAAGAACACGCCGCCGGAGCACUCUUCAGCCUAGCCUUGGAGGACGAAAAUCGGAUGACAAUCGGAGUUCUAGGCGCACUGCCGCCACUCCUUUACGCACUCCGAUCGAAUAGCGAGAUAACUCGAAAGGAUUCCGCUCUUUGUCUAUACAACCUAACAAUGAUACAGAGCAACCGAGUGAAGCUCAUCAAACUCGGCGCCGUAACGACUCUACUCUCCAUGGUGAAAUCAGGUAGCUCAAUGAAUUGGCUGCUGCUGAUCCUCUGCAACAUUGCCGUGUGCCAGGAGGGAAGAUCGGCAAUGCUAGACGCCAACGCCGUCGGGCUCUUGGUCGGAAUGCUGAGGGAGAAAGAACUGUACUCGAAAUCGACUCGCGAGAAUUGCGUUGCGGCAUUGUACGCACUCAGCUAUGGAAGUAUGAGGUUCAAAGGACUGGCGAAGGAAGCCGGAGCAAUGGAGGUUUUGAGGGAGAUUGCUGAAAGAGGAAGUGAUAGAGCGAGAGAGAAGGCGAAGAAGAUAUUGGAGAGGAUGAAGAUGAGAGGGACAUUCAAUGAAGACGAUGACGACGAAGAAGAAGACGAAGUAGAAGAAGAAGAGCGGGAGAGUGAAAGAAGGCCAUGGCGGCAGAGGAAGGAGGCGGGGGGAAACCUGCUUCCUCUGGAUGUGGAAAAGUGGAAGGGGUGUGUGUAGUGUGGUGAGGAGGAAGAAGGAAG